AGACAAGGAAAGUUUUCGGGGAACAAUUUUUAUUCAAAUUACUCCUUUCGUCCAUUUUACUUUUUCAUAUAUUGAAUCUUUCGAGAGCAUUUCCACGCAAAGCCUAGAUAAAACGCCCUCUAGCUCCCACGGUGUUUCCAUGCUUUGUAUAUUUGAACAGUCUCUUUUGCAUUGUAACCGUAGUCAAAGUGUCUGACAGAAUAACGAUAAGAUUUAAUAAAUGUAAGCGUAAACAUCCCUAUAUGUCUGUUCUACCUUAUUAUAAGGACGUCUUUCGAAAUAUAUUAAUUUCUCGAUGAAAUUAACACCGUAAAACAAAAUGUUACAGCAAUGAAAUUAACACGGUUUUUUAACUUUGGUAGCUUACGCCAGUAAAACAAACGUGAUGGCGGUUAGUACGAAAAUUAUAACACAGAACAAAAACAACAACUUUCAGCUACUUUAUUCUGUGAAUUUGUCAACAACGUAAGAUUGGGAAGGUCACUUGUCGCAAAAGUCCAGGAAACGAAAGAGAAAUUAAAAACAAAACUCUUUCGAAGCAAGAAUUGUAGAUUUAAUUAAUGUAUGUAUCAACUUUUGUAUAAUAUUCUGAAGAUGACUUUGGUAAAGUCGAAACAUGUUAAAAAUAAAACGUGUCGUAAUUUUUAUGAAAAUAGAUUUAAUUACUGUUUAAAGUGACCGUGUAGUUUAAAUUAACACCAGUAAGAAAUUAAAGUCGACUUAAUUAACAGGAUGACUCAAAAACGCGCUAUAAGUUAUCUUUUAUUGCAAGGUAUGGUAUUUAAACUCGCUUAUUCAACAUCCAACCGCAUGCUAAUAAACUUCUUGGAACAGCUAAAUAGAUGAAUAUAGCCCGGCGAAAUUUCAUACUGAGUUUUUAAAUUAAAGUCUAACAAAGAACAUAAACGUGUUGUUAUGCCGAUAACUUCGGAAAACUCGGAGGCAACAUGUAUAUAUUGAGGAGAUGAAAUAUGCAUUAACAGAAUGUCAAUCAUCAUAGGUGACGAUAAGAAGCAACAGUGGUGAGUUUUGUAGAUUAAACAAAAAUGGCGACGAAUAAUGUAUUAUGCAUGAAUUGUGGUAUUAAAGAAGGGAGGAAACGAUGUUCGAGAUGUAAAAAAGCUUUCUAUUGCAGUCAAGAAUGUCAAGUAAAACAUUGGAAAGAAGAACAUAAAAAAUCAUGCGCUCAAGUUGAGAUUGGAACAAAGAGAAAGGAGCAAGAAGAGAGGGAUAUUGAAACUUUAAAGUUUGUGUCAAAAGACUUCAUUACAUGUCUUUCAUGCUCUGCAAUAGAAGCAAGAUUCCGUUGUAGUCGUUGUAAACGUCGAUUAUACUGUGGUAAAAAAUGCCAAGCGAACCACUGGAAUCAACAUAAAAAGGUCUGCAGCGGUAAAGCCCAAAACAGUUUUAAACAUCGAAACACUGAAGAAGGAGAAGAUCUCAGCUUGGAAAAGCGUUUAAAAGGGCUUUCAGUUAGUGGAAAAAGCAAUGUAGGACGAUUUCAAUGGUCUGUGAUAGAAGAAUCAUUUCUUUUAUUAUCGAAUCAAAUGAAAAAGAUAAUUGAUAUUCACGUCCCUAAUUUUCAUUGUGAAUAUCAAGAAGUUUUUCCACUAGAGAAAGAACAUUUUGAUUUUCUGGAGGAUUGUUUUAAUGAGCAAAAGUCAUGGGGCUUUGAUGAGAUAGCAAUGCAUGAAAAGAUAUGGGACACAGAAAUGUACGUGGAGAAAUAUCGUGAGUUCUCGCCGCGUUUAUUAGAAAUGUUGACAAGUAAUCCCCAAAUUGGUGAUGUUCUGGAAAACCUUAGUUUUGGUACAUACCCCAAAGAGCGUUAUCAGAUAUGGCGGAAUUCUCCGAUAGUGGAAAAGAGUUUCAACUUUGGUAAGAACUAUGUUUAUAUCGGAUUUGUUGAUCUUCUUGAGCUUAUGAUGGGCAAUUUCAGUGGGGACGGUGAUAAAGUAAGAUUUGUUGGAAUUGAACAAUCCGAAAUAUGUGUGGCACGUUCUUUGAUUAUCUAUGAAAUGAUUAAAAUGAAAGCAAGCUACGACGCAAUUUUAGAAGUUUGGUUUUCUACUGGUUGGAGUGAUAAAACCCUGGAGUUGUUUAAAGCUGCAUGCUGCAAUUUACUUCCUACAGUUCAAAAUAAAGAAGUAAAAGAGUUGAUUCAGUAUUGGAUGAUGACUGAAAUAUCACUAGUUGAGGCAAAAGAAUUGUGGGGAGCAGGAUAUGUUUCAUAUUACAAAAUGACUCCCGCUGGCAUUCUACUAAAAAAGGAGGAUCGCAUUGCUUUCUGUCGGUAUAGGCUAACAGGUCAAAUGUUUGACCAAGUUAAAUCGCAAAUUCAUGGUAAUGUAACAGCUUUUUGUAGAACAGGAAAGUUCAGACAUUACGAACUAUCCGCCGACUCAUUCUUGGCGUCUUUUAAAAUCAGCAAGUCGUUUAUCUACAAUGGAAAUUUUUUUGAGAGUCUUAUGAAUUUUUACAGGUUGAAACUUCAUGCUUUGGUUAAAUUAGUAGCAGAAGGAAAAGUCGAAUGUACGUUUCAUGUUAACUCAGUUUCAUUGGAUAACAAGAAAAUUAUCGAAGAAAUCUGCUUAUUACAACCGCAUCGUAUUGACUGGAGUAAUCUUGCUGAUUACAUGAAUAAAGAAACGUUCUUCCGAUUAGCGGAGGCCUGUGGGGCUGAAAAAACAAUCCAUUUAAUGCAUUUUAUGAAUUGGAGAAGAUUUAUUUAUGGGACAGAUAUCUAUGACUAUAAAAAUCCAUUCGAAGUUCACACUGAACAAAAGAAAAUAUUUCUAAGUAUAUUGAAAGAUAAUCACAAGGCUGGCCUGAUACCCUUUCUCAGAAAGCGUGUCUCUUUCCCUGCCCCAAAAAAUUUGAGUAACGGAGUACUUUCGUUGAAAUAUCGUGAAAACUUUUUAAAGUUUUAUUUCGAUGUGGAAGACUACAAAAUGGAUAUUUUGGAAGUGAUCGGAACAAACUUGUGCAACUGUUUUAGUCGAAAUAAUUUCACUUUUAAUUUGAGCUUUCAAAUCGAAAAGCAACACUAAAAACACUCUUUUGAUGUGUCAUAAAAAAGCAGAAUCCAAUGGUCAAAAGGGGAGAAAAUAUUUACAGAAAUUUUGGAUUCCAUUCUUCCGCAAAGAUUGGCUUUUUGGAAUACAUAGAAAAAGUAGACGAGUGUUGAUUAAUGGAAAAAGUACAUUUUCAUGAAAAUUGCAAGACCAGUUGUAACUUUUGAAGACGAUGAUGUUUUUUGUCAGUAUUUGUAAAAUUAAAUUUAAAAUUGUUCCGUAAAAUAGUUCUAAAGUCGUUAACUGCGCCUUACAAUUUCAAGUUUUUUUAUUUAAAAUUUAUAAAAAUAAAUCGUAAUCACUUC